AUGGAACUGGACUGGAACAACGUGGCCCUCCAAGGCCAGUUUGCCCGCGGCCUCCACUGGGAGGUCAGUCGCCAAAUUGCCACCCGCAAGCACCAACCCCGCACUCUCCUCAAGCUGCAAAACGCAGCACUCAUCAUUGAUAAUGCUCUCCGUGAAGAGCGCGCUAGUCACCCACCAAGGGACAGUAAAUCUAGCAAAACACCCAACGCCGCAAGGGGGACAAGUACCGGCCAAGCCACAACCGGUUCAAAAAAACUCUCCAACAACCCCAACUUUGUGUUGGAAGAAGAACGCAAUUGCCGCCGCGCCGCAGGCGCCUGCAUCAACCACCCUAUUGAGGACAAGGGGAAGGCUAAGGAAACCGCCAAAAUUGGCAAAGACUCCAAGUACCAAUUGGGAAAAGAAAUUACCCCACUCUUCACAAUUCCAAUACAACCAGAGAAAAAAGCGGAAACAAUAGAAGUCCUGAUAGAUUCAGGCGCUACAUCAUCAUUCUUACAUCCCUGUACCGCGGAAUCACUCCGCCUCCCACUCAUCGAUCUCCCUUUACCCUGUACCGUUACUAUGCUUGAUGGGUCAAGCCCCCAGGCAGGAAAAAUCUGGAAGAAGGCCGUACUUACCUUCACCUAUGAUGGCAAAAAGAUGACGGAAACCUUCCUUAUCUGUAAUACCGGCAGUCACGCGGCCAUCCUAGGUUUGAAAUGGUUAGAUGCCCACAACCCGGAAAUAGAUUGGAACACGCGCACCCUCUCCUUCCCACACACUCCGCCAGAACACGUAGCCAUUGCCGAGGAAGAAGAAGCUGACCCAAACCCUCUAGAAGGAGUACCCUCCAAGUACCAUCAAUACGCUAAGGUAUUUGGAGAAGAAGAAUUCAACCAGCUCCCUCCCCAUAGGCACUACGACAUAGGGAUUGAACUCACAGAAGAAGGCCCGCUUAACUCGCCUCUCUAUAGUAUGACCGAUGCCAAAUCCGCCACACUCAAGGGUUGGCUCAGGGACGAGCUCAAGGCUGGGAAGAUCCGCCCCAGCAAAUCAUCCAUCAGCUCCCCGGUCAUGUUUGUCCCCAAGAAGGAUGGCUCCCGUUGCCUAGUAGUGGACUACCGUCGUCUAAACAACCGGACUAAGAAAAAUGUCUUCACCAAACUAGAUCUAAGAUGGGGCUACAAUAAUGUCCGGGUCAAGGAAGGCGAUGAAUGGAAAACAGCCUUCCGCACUAAGUACGGUCUCUACGAGUCCCUGGUAAUGACUUUUGGUUUGACAAACGCCCCUGCCGCCUUUCAGCACUUCAUGAACAAAUUGUUCAAGGAUCUCCUGGAUGUAUGCGUCAUCAUUUACCUUGAUGACAUCCUAAUCUACUCUAGGGAUGACGCAAUACACACCCAGCACGUUCAUGAAGUCCUACGGCGCUUAAUGGAUAACCAAUUGUUCUGUAAGGCAUCCAAGUGUACAUUCCACGUCACCUCAGUAGAGUAUCUAGGAAUAAUUGUAUCAGAUAAGGGAUUCAGCCUGGAUAAGCUCAAAAUCCAGGCGGUCCAAGAAUGGCCUACACCCACUAAGGUCAAAGAAGUACAAUUGUUCCUGGGUUUUGCCAAUUUCCUACGCCGCUUUGUUGCCAACUUUAGCCAUAUGGCCAGGCCAUUACAUAACCUGGUCAAAAAGGACGUACCAUGGAAAUGGGAUACUAGGGAGCAAGAAGCAUUCCAGGGGUUAAAGGACGCCAUUACCAACGCACCAGUACUAUGUCACGCGGAUCCGUCCAGACCCUACUUUCUGGAAACAGAUGCCUCAGGAGCAGCACUAGGUUCCAUACUCAGCCAACGUCAGGAAGACGGCCGUCUCCAUCCGCUAGGCUUCCUGUCCAAGUCAUUCAAAGGUGCCAAGCAGAACUACAACACCCAUGACAAAGAACUCUUAGCUAUCAUCCGGUCCUUUGAGUAUUGGCGUAUUUUCUUGGAAGGAACCGCUCACCCUGUCACUGUAUUCACCAAUCACCGCAACUUGGAAUACUGGAAGGAGUCCCAAACAUUCAACCGUUGCCAUGCUAGAUGGCACCUACUGCUAGCAGGGUAUAACUUCCAAAUUGUUUACCGUCCAGGAAAGCAGUCCGGGAAACCUGAUGCCCUAUCACGACAUGCUGAUCACGCCAACAUUCCACCCGCCGCCCAGACCAUGCUCCCUGACCCUGUAUUUGCCAACGUUGCCCUAGUCACGCCAGAGAAGGAGUUACAACGCCAGAUCAAGGCAUCCUUAGAUCAAGACGAAUCCCUGGAGGAAAUCCUCCAAUUCCUACAAAACAAGUCAAAGGCACCUCCCUCCAUCAAAUGCGCGUUCAAGGAUUAUGAAAUGGAGGCCGGCUUACUUUUCUACCAAGGACAAAUUGUAGUUCCUGACGUUGGAACACUGAGAACGGACCUACUCUGUAUUUUCCACGAUAGUCCCCUGGCGGGUCACCCGGGAAGACAGCGCACACUAGAGUUGGUAUCAAGGGAUUACUACUGGCCCGGGAUCCGUGCUGAAACUUAUUGGCAUGUGGACUCUUGUGAAACGUGUCAACGGAUCAGGAAGCCCAAGUACGCGUCUAUUCCUCCUCAACCCCUAGAACUCCCUACUAGACCCUGGCAGCAUGUUUCUUACAACAUGAUUGUGGACUUACCAAAAGACGGAAAUCACGAUUCAAUCCUGGUCAUCAUUGAUAGCUUCACUAAGUACGGGAUAUUUGUUAAAUGCUCCAAAAAACUAAAAGCCCCGGAACUAGCGGAAUUAUUCCUGGAACACGUGUGGAAACGGCACGGCAUGCCCAAGAAAACAGUCUCAGAUAGAGGAAGAGUGUUCAAUAACAAAUUCCUGAAGGCGCUGUACAAACGCCUGGGAAUAGACCCCACUUCUCCUCAGCGUAUCACCCCCAGAGCAACGGACAGACAGAACGGGUCAAUCCAUCUAUUGAACACUUCCUCAGGGCGUACUCAGGGGUCAAUCAACGGGACUGGACCAAAUGGCUGCCAAUGGCCAAAUUUGCCUACAACAACGCGGUCCAUAGUAGCACGGGGAAAACACCAUUCAAAGCCCUAUGUACCGGAAGCCAACGACUUAGCCCAGACCAUGGAAAAACAGUGGAGGGAGGUUGAAUCUGCCCUCCGGCAAUCAAAGACAAGAAUGACCGCUGGAGAAGAAGGAAGCCCAACAGAAUUUGAAUUAGGGGAAGAAGUCUGGUUAGACGCAAAAAACGUUAACCUCAAAACCCUAAGCCCCAAACUAACAGAACAACGUCUGGGGCCAUUCAAAAUCAUCAAGAAGAUCUCCAACAGGGCUUACCGACUCGAGCUACCCCCAACCAUGCAAAUUCACAACGUAUUCUACGUGGGGUUAUUGUCUAAAGUCAAAAGGGACAAAAAGCGCGCCUUCAAGAACCGCCCCCCACCAGUCACCGUGGACGGGGAGGAAGAAUAUGAAGUAGAAGGAAUCACCAACGCUGAGGAACGAGAUGGGAAAUGGUUCUUCCAAGUCAAAUGGAAGGGCUACGGAUCUGAAGAAAACACUUGGGAACCUCAAGAAAAUCUAAAAAACGCCGAAAAAAUUUUAGAAAAGACAGCCGCACAGGAGGAACCACGGAUCCCGGCCUUCACCCCAACCGGUGAGUUGGCUGGACAAUUUGGUGAACUCAAACUUACCUCAGAACACUUCCCACCGCCAGCAGAAUCCAUCCUGGAGACCUUCACAAACAACAACCCGCACUGGGUUUUUGCCGCCAACCUUCCGGCGACCAGCAAUAACCCAACCACUGAGGAGGCAUUAUUGGGACCGGACGCAGACAAAUGGAAGGCAGCAAUGGAACAGGAGAUUGCAACCUUGGAGAAACAGGGAACGUACGACACCUCAACGCUCCCACCAGGCAGGAAGGCAAUGGGAUGCCAAUGGGUACUCACGAUCAAACAAAACAAGGAGGGCCAACCCAUCCAAUACAAGGCACGACUAGUUGUGCAAGGUUACAGCCAACAGCCGGGUAUCGACUAUGGCCAAACGUUUGCUCCAGUGGUACGUUUAGAUUCUAUCCGUACACUCACAUCACUUGCCAAUCAAAAUGAUUGGGACAUCCAACAGCUCAACGUUACAUCGGCGUACUUACAUGCCGACGUCGAAGAAGAGCUUUACAUGCGUCAAAUACCAUACUUUGACAACGGAUCCAGCAACGUUCUGCGCCUACGCCGAUCACUAUACGGCCUUAAACAAGCCAGACGCAUGUGGAAUCACGCCUGUGUGUACCACCGGAUCAUGGACAUAUCCGGCAAACUCUACGUAUCGAUUGUCACCGUCCAUGUUGAUGACUCGAUCAUAAUUACAACCCCCAACAACACCAACUUCGUAGUAUACAUUUCAAACGGUAUAGACAACAAGGCCUUAAAGAUGCAUACCCAGCCAAUACUCCAAUGA